AUGCCUAGUGAGACCCUGGAAGAAGAGCUUCAAGUUCUUAUUUUUGACAAGUCUGGAGAAACUCAGUAUCAUGAAUCUAUGCAAAACCAAAUCGACACUAUUAAGUGUGAUGAUAAGCCUCAAGAACUUCUAGUUUACAGCAAGAGGGGUAGAAAGGUGGUUAUGGCCUUAGCACUAAUUUUGUUGUACUGUUCAAAAAUACCUAACAGUGAGAUUGAGGAUGCAACGGCGACGAUCGAGGAAGUGGCAGCUAUUGAGGAAGCGACAGCGAUCGAGGAAGUUUCGGCAAUAGAGGAAGCAACGACGAUUGAGGAUGCAACGGCAACGAUCGAGGAAGUGGCGGAUAUCUAG